GGGAGGGGGCGCGAGCGCCUGAGUCGGAGCCGCUCCCCGCGGCGCUCCCACCGCCUCCCGCCGGGCCGCUCAGCCUAUCCCGGCCGCGCUCGGCCCCGCUCGGCUCGGCUCGGCUGGGCUCGGCGCCGCUCCCCGCUGUCGGGCGGGGAGGGCGGCCGGAGCCCGGGGGAGGGGAGGCGCAAGGACAUGGGCUGGUUCUGAGCGCCGGGGGAGGGAAGCCGUCGUGCGUGUGCCUCCCUAGAUUUUAAUAACUGUUUGUUGUUGGGUGGUGUAGGUUUGGGUUUUUCUCCCCCCACCCCCCUGUUUUCCAACAAGGCGGAGGGGAGAGCGGCAGCCCCCAGCGCGCUUGCAUGGCUCCCGUGCCCCGGAGCGCCCCUGGGAAAUAGAACCCGUCUCGGGCCAGGUGACAUCCCCCCAGCGCCGCGCUCACUCGCAGGGAGCGGCAGGGGCGGGGGAGCCGCCGUGAGGACAUGGAGGGACCCUCGGGGGAAGCGGAGCUGCCGCUCCUCACGGUGAAGCACGAGCUGAGGAACGCAAAUUUGACAGGCCACGCAGAGAAAGUUGGCAUUGAAAACUUUGAGCUCCUGAAAGUUCUUGGAACAGGGGCCUAUGGAAAAGUAUUCCUAGUGAGGAAAGUAAGUGGCCAUGAUGCUGGAAAACUGUAUGCCAUGAAAGUACUGAAGAAAGCAACAAUAGUUCAAAAAGCCAAAACAACUGAACACACGAGGACAGAACGACAAGUCUUGGAGCACAUCAGGCAAUCACCAUUUUUGGUCACAUUACAUUAUGCCUUCCAGACAGAUACAAAGCUUCAUCUCAUUUUAGACUAUAUAAAUGGAGGAGAAUUGUUUACUCAUCUUUCACACAGAGAGAGAUUCUCAGAAAAUGAGGUGCAAAUUUACAUCGGAGAAAUCGUUUUGGCACUUGAACAUCUCCACAAGUUGGGGAUUAUAUAUCGGGAUAUAAAACUUGAGAAUAUUCUCCUCGAUUCUGAUGGCCAUGUGGUGCUGACAGACUUUGGUCUAAGUAAGGAGUUUCUUAGUGAUGAGAAUGAGAGAGCAUAUUCCUUCUGUGGAACAAUAGAAUACAUGGCUCCAGAUAUUGUGAGAGGGGGAGAUGCAGGACAUGAUAAGGCUGUUGAUUGGUGGAGUGUUGGUGUUCUUAUGUAUGAAUUAUUAACUGGAGCAUCACCAUUUACAGUUGAUGGAGAGAAGAAUUCCCAAGCAGAGAUUUCUAGGAGAAUAUUAAAAAGUGAGCCACCUUAUCCACAAGAAAUGAGUGCUCUGUCUAAGGAUAUCAUUCAGCGGCUUUUAAUGAAAGACCCCAAGAAGAGGCUAGGUUGUGGUCCCACCGAUGCUGAUGAAAUCAAACAGCAUCCCUUUUUCCAGAAUAUGAACUGGGAGGAUUUAGCCGCCAAAAAAAUACCAGCUCCAUUUAAACCAGUAAUCAGAGAUGAAUUGGAUGUCAGUAAUUUUGCAGAAGAGUUUACAGAAAUGGAUCCAACAUACUCUCCUGCAGCAACCCCUCAGACUUCAGAAAGAAUAUUUCAGGGAUAUUCUUUCGUUGCACCUUCUAUUUUGUUUAAACGCAAUGCAGCUACAGUAGAUCCUUUUCAGUUUUAUGUGGGCGAUGAACGACCUGGAACUACAACUAUUGCCAGAAGUGCUAUGAUGAAGGACUCUCCAUUUUAUCAUCAUUAUGAACUGGAUCUGAAAGAGAAACCAUUGGGAGAAGGAAGUUUUUCCAUUUGUCGAAAGUGCUUACACAAGAAAACUAGCCAAGAGUAUGCAGUAAAAAUAAUUAGCAAAAGAAUGGAAGCCAACACCCAGAGAGAAAUAACAGCUCUGAGACUCUGCGAAGGACACCCGAAUGUAGUGAAGUUACAUGAAGUUUUUCAUGACCAGCUUCACACGUUCCUAGUUAUGGAAUUGCUGAAGGGAGGAGAAUUGCUUGAACGGAUUCAGAAAAAGAAACAUUUCAGUGAGACUGAAGCCAGUCACAUUAUGCGCAGGCUUGUUUCGGCAGUGAGCCACAUGCAUGAUGUGGGAGUAGUCCAUAGAGAUCUGAAACCUGAGAAUUUACUAUUUACAGAUGAAACUGAUAAUUCAGAAAUAAAAAUAAUUGAUUUUGGCUUUGCUCGUUUAAAACCACCUGAUAAUCAGCCUCUUAAGACUCCGUGUUUUACUCUUCAUUAUGCUGCCCCAGAGCUCUUGAAUCACAAUGGUUAUGAUGAGUCUUGUGAUCUGUGGAGUUUGGGGGUCAUUUUGUACACGAUGUUAUCGGGACAGGUACCAUUUCAGUCUCAAGACAGAAGUUUAACAUGUACCAGUGCAUUGGAAAUUAUGAAGAAAAUAAAAAAGGGGGAAUUUUCCUUUGAAGGAGAGGCUUGGAAGAAUGUUUCUGAAGAGGCUAAAGAGCUAAUUCGAGGACUUCUUACAGUGGAUCCAAACAAAAGAAUUAAAAUGUCCAGCCUGAGAUAUAAUGAGUGGCUUCAGGAUGGCAGCCAGCUCUCAUCUAACCCUCUAAUGACACCUGAUAACUUAGGCUCUUCAGGAGCUGCAGUGCACACCUAUGUUAAAGCCACUUUCCAUGCCUUUAACAAGUACAAAAGGGAAGGAUUUUGUCUCCAGAAUGUGGACAAGGCACCUCUUGCAAAAAGAAGGAAAAUGAAAAAAACAAGUACAAGCACAGAGACACGUAGCAGCUCCAGUGAAAGUUCCCAUUCUUCUUCCUCUCAUUCUCAUGGUAAAACUACACCUACAAAGACAUUGCAGCCCACAAACCCUGCAGAGAGCAAUAACCCAGAAACCAUCUUCCAGUUCUCUGACUGAGAAGCAGAGAGUGUCCUGUCUCGAGGAGUUAAGUGGUUAUAGGCUUGGCAGUACCUGUAUUGUCUGCUCCCUCCCUUCCUCUCUGUGGCUUACAGGCUGCCACAGGAAGAGUCUGUUGCUUUAGAAAUGUAUUUCAGUCAUACCUUUUUAGCUUUGUAUUUCCAUACAUUUCCUUUUAGAGUAGUUUGGUAUCACUGGAUAUAGUAUAAUACUGUUAUACAACCUACAUUGUAUUCUCUGAGGGCUAAAUUACUGGUGUGCAGUCAAGCUCAAGGUAAGGAGCUGUGCUGCUCAUGGUACUGCUUGGAAGAAGACUGUUCCUCAGUGUCACUAUCUUCCUCCCAGUUUCUUCCCCACUGCUCAAAGAAAGGAAAGGUCUGUAACAUAUAUAGAACUUCGAGAUCUUCUGCUCUUACCCAGCUCUGAAGAAUGUUAUAGAAUUUGAUUCUUCGUGCGUGUAAAGAAUCAUUGGUACAAUGCACCGAAGCAGUAUAGUACUUUAAAGCCUUUUGAAUUUAUGGUUAUAUUCUGUCCCAUUUAUUUGAAUUUUAAGAUCAAAUUGAAGCACUAUGGAAUUCUUAUUUUGUUUAAAAAAUAACUCCACAUAUCUUGUUCUAAACAACUGAAAAUAGAAGUCUUAGGUUUUUUUAUUUAUUUAAUUUUUUAACUUCUAGGGUAAAAGAUAUCUGAUAAGGUGAGGUGUCUAGUACUGUGAUACAAUAAUUCUUAUUGUUUGAAGUUAUUAACUUCCAAAAGAUUUUACAGAUUCUAAAAUAUAAUGCUAUAAGAGAAAAUUAAAUUUCAUAUUUGAUGCUUUGGAAAAUGGUCACAUGUUAAAAUAUCUAUUUCAAGAUUUAAUUAUAAUUUAUAUUUUCUUUUUAUAGUUGCACAAUAAUUUUAAAAUACUAAGAUUUUUCUAAAGAUGAGAAAACUCCAGUUUCAACAUUUGUUAUUAUAGGGUCCAUAAAAAUGCAUACAAAGUUAUUUAAAUUUUGCCUUGUGCAAAUAUGGCAGUCUGAUAGUGACUGUAAAAUAUUAGAAUAUAUGUUUUAUUUUUUGCACUUUGUGACAUCCAAAGGAGAUGUUUUAGAAUGAAGUGCACUCAGAUCUCUCUUCCUACAAGGUGCUGAGCACUGUUUUACUGGGUUGAAUGACCUGAAAUCCACCAUAUUUGGUGUUUGUGGUCAUUGUGAAGGAGAAUUCUGUACUUUGCAGGAGUGAAUCCCUGUAUAUUACCCACUGUUUUCAUUCCUUACUGUAAAAUGCAAAGCUCUUUCUAUCUUGCUUUUACAUUGUAUAUAACAAAUACUAGACCUGGGCACCUUGUGUAGUGUAGAUGUUAACAACUUAUGCACUGGGAAUACUAAAGGGAAAUUAUAUUGAACACUGUGCUUCACAACUUGUUCACUGUGGUGUUCUACAGUGAAGUAUUUCCUACUGUGAUAGUAUAGUAUGUACAUAACUGUUUGGAAUCAUAAAUGUGACUUAGAGAAACAUCAGCAUAAACUUUUAAAUCAGUAUAUUUUAUAAAUUUAUGGAGAGCUCUUUUAUAGCUUGUAUUCUUAAUGACUAGGGGUAACUUAAGUGCUAAAGAUGACUCCAGUUUUGCAAAUGCUUACAUGUGUAAGUUUCCACUGAAGUCAGAGAGGCUCCUUGUCAUAUGCCUAAAUUUGUGUGAUGGAAGACUAAUUGACUAGAGGAUUUUGUUAACAGCUGUCUCUAUCCUAAAGAAACCUUAAUCCAAACCCUAUGCAAAAAAAAGAAAAAGUUAUAGAAAUUGUUUAUAUCAGUAGUUUUAUUUAUAGAAUUAUAUAAGAUACCAGUAUUGACAAAUACAAUACAUCCAUGUUUACAGGGACUGUGUGUAUCAAAACUAGGCUUUGAAGCCCAACAUGUUUGUUCUGUGUUUCUUUAAUAUUAAUAAUGGCAUUCUGAGGUUUUGGAAUUGCUCAUGUGAAAUAGUUUACUACUUUCUUGAUGUGAAUGUCAACAGUAAUUGCAGCAUUAAUUUCAGGUUGAUGUGAAUAUUGAGAUUUGCACUGUUUAUGUAGAAGUAGUAUAUUUAAAGAUCAGUCUAUGUGCUAAUAACACAACCAACUUUAAGUGGCCGAUGUUAAAGUAUUGAAAAAUAACUGUCAAUGUAAAAUAUAAAGGUUUGCUUUCUGAAUGCUCUCUUUGGAAGUAAUCUCAAUAGUGAACAUGGCUCAUUUGUAAAAGAAUACUUUUCCUCUCCAGAAUAAACUUGCUGUAAAUACAACAAAAAAUCCACCAUUAAUACUUGUUCUGCAGACAGUAUAAAUGAGUUGGGAGAUUGGAGAACAGGCAAUUGCUUGUAAAGUUUGCACUUUGAGGAGUUUGUGGAAUUUGUUGUCUUCAGGAUAAAGACAACAAAAAGCAAUUUCAGUCUGAUUUUAUUUAAGUGUAAGAAACUUUUGGAUACCAAGUGGAUUUGGAAUAUUGUGACCCAGCUGAAGGAACUUAAAUGUUAGGAGCACAGAAGAACAGUUGUUUCCCUGUUGGGACGUUUCUUGACAAAUUGAUGAAACAACAAGAAUAUUUGCACAAGAUACUAAAUGCUACAUAAUGGCUGUAUUGUCAAUCUUCUUUUCCACACAGGUUUUGAGAGACUGUUGUGAGACUAAAGUUCUAUCAAAGACAACUUUUUCUAUCAAAGACAACUUUUACAGCUGAAUAUUUCUGUGUCUUCUUUGUGCUCUCACAGUAGUUGUUUAAUAAAAAUUUAAACUUAGGGUAUUUCUUUUGGGCAGGGCUAAAUACAUUUAGGUGUCACCUUGUUUUGCUUUGAACCAGUUACCCAGGGUAACUGUUUAUGACAUCUAAAUGCCUGCUGCAACAGAGCUCUCGAGGAAGUGUAUUUGACACUAAGCUGUCUGAAUUUUUAGAUUAGCAUCUUUCCAUAAAAAACUGCUGAUGUACAUAUGCAUUGAUACAUUGAAACUUGAGUUGCAAACUAGACAGCUCAAGUGUAAGUUUAUUUCUUGUUCUGAUGUCCCUGCAGGAGAGUAUUUACUCUUGGAGGAACAGUGUUUCAAUCUGUUAACCAGCCUGGAACUCAAGGUCGUAUAAAGACCAUGGGCCUUAUUUUUCAUACUCAGACCAAUGUUUCAAAUUUGAAGUGUACAAGUUGAUUUUCAUUCGUACUAUACUUUAUAUUGUCUUGGUGAAGAGAUGUUACACUUCAAAUUAUGUGUAUACUUGGAUUAAGUUUUCUUCACAGUGCUGCUAUACCUCAGUCAGCUUUAAUGUCUAAUAAUGAUAUCUGUCUGCUGUCAGAAAUACAGUGCUGUCAUCAAUGUUGUAGGCAGAUUUGUGUGAAAAGCCAAAUUUCUUAUGAGUAAAGAUUUCAAUUAGUGUGGGUUUAAGUACUCAGUAUCUGGUAAAGCCCGUUCUUUGUAAUAUUUUCAGAAACACAAAUAUUAGUAGUAACAGGUAAUUCUGCUAAAGGAUUUAGAGAAGUACAAAGAAAACAUGACUUUCUGUUCCUCUGACUUAGUGAAAUUUCUAUACUUUAAGGAAAAGAAUCAGUGUAUUUGGCAUAUGUAUUGUUUACUGCUAUUAAAAAACCCCUAUUAAAUACUUCAUUAAACAGUUGGAGGCAAGGGGCAACAUGUAUUGCAUCACAGAAUGGAUUGAGGCUUCAAAUUGGCUGUGCUGAUGGACAUAUUUUCUCAGUCCUUUUUCCUGAAUACUUUCCUGAACAAGAUAACGAUUCUUUCACAUCUGUAUCCCUUCUCAGUCGUCUGAGAAUAAUUCUCAGCAGAAAAUAUGUCCACUGGCUGUCAUGAAAUGUUGCACAAGCAUCUUGCAUUUUUAAUCUAUGCAUGUGUUCUCUGCAUGCACGUAGAUUCAUGCUGUAUUGCAUGUCUAGAUCUCAGUUUAAAGUAAUAAGCCUUCAUUAAGAGAACCUGUAUUUUAAAAAUGGGUUCUGAACUCACACAGAUUCGGAGGAUCUUACAUAAGGGGGCUGCCACAGAAUAGGAAGAUUAUAGAACGUCAGAGGUGAGAAGCUUCUGGGACAAUAUUUUCAGGGGUAAUUUCUCCCCUGGCUAUCUCCAUGUGCAUGUAUUAUUCAGUGACAGUGAGUUGCAAACUUUCUUGCAUAUUUCCUAUCUCUGCAGGUCCCUGAGUAUGUGUUUGUGUGGCUUUAUAAUACCUAGUUCAUCAAAUUGAAAUUAUUUGUUAUGUCUCAAGUAUCAUCCCAGGUGUUUUUACUAAGUUAAUGGUCCUCAUUCUUUACCCCAAUAAGUGACAGUCUUUUGCAAUAAUGUAAAUUUCAAGAAAACGUGUAUUUUGACAACCUUCAUGUUCUGUGUGAUAGAAAUGGGAGACAGAAACUGGUUGGGAAACAAUUUUAAGUGUUUAGGUAGAGAUUCUAUGGGCUGGUCUGACUAAUACUUUAUUCAGUGGUAGAAAGGAAUCCAUAUUAUUCACAUGUAAAAUUGCGUUUAAAAAUUGGCAACCAAUCUAACUGUAUUUACAAGAGUCAUGCAGAAAUCUGCUAACUUCCUUUGAAAUGCCAAUAAUAAAGGAAAGAAAAACAGAACUCUUCUUUAAUUGCUUCAGGAACUGCCAAAAAAUCUAACAGAUGAAACUGCAAACUGAUUGCAAAUUUCUUACAGCUUUCUUAAUACAAAGAUAUUUGUCAACAAAUCCAGCAUCAAAUCUUAAAAUUGGUCUCAUUUAUGUUCAUCUGAUUUUUCCCUAGUUGGUUUUUUUUUUUUUAUUUUGUUACAUAUAUAAUUGUCUUAGUAUGAUUAUGACUUAUUUUUGUAAGUAGAAGAUAAAUUGAAGAUUUAGGAUUAGGCCUUGUGAAUAACCAAAAUAAAUCUUUCUGGAAGGGUAACCAUUUUGAAAUAUGGAUAUAUAUUAAUGAUAUUUGCUGAUUAAACUAUGUCUAACCAAGCACAUUUUAUCUAAGUUAUGGGUGUGAUUUUGUGUGAUAUUCAGCUAUGCUGAAAAAGCUUUCAAAGUGUAAAGUCUUUGGAAUUUAGCAAAGUAAGAAGAAAGAGGGAAAUUUAAUGAUGCUACAAAGAGGAAACAAUGUUUGAAAUUUGUUCUUAUGUUACUCGAGUGAGAUGGUAUCGGUAUCAUGUCUGGUCUGCAGAAGCUCACUCAUUAGUUACAGUACAUAUGCUGUUUUUCCUUUAAAAGUAAUAUACGGUGGAGAAGAGAAAGUAAAUUCACAGAAACAGCAAAUACCUCAAAGGUUUUCUCAGGUGUCUCCUUAAUGAGUUCUCAUCCUUUAAACAGAUAACUCUGCUGUAUGUAACAGUUACUCUUGUUGAAGCCUGCUGGAGGGAACAGGAUCCUACUCUCCGCUGAUGUGUUCACUGUAGAGGGAUGCUGCAAAUUAGAGCUCAGGGUGCUGGCCCUGCUGCUUUUAAGUUCAAGUGUUCAUACAAUUCUGCUUAGUAUGUAUCCCCUUGUCAGUCCAAUUGGUAUGCAGCUGUGGCAGGUCAGUUCAAUUUUAGUGAUGUCAAGAUAAAAGGAAGACUUGACAUCUACUUCAGGACCAAAGUGAGAGCAGGCUUUGAAUAUUAACACACAUCUGGAUUACAAAAAUGAAUAAAAGUUUGGCUUUGGCUUUUAACCUUGACAGUUUUAAGAUGCUCCUGCAGCAAAUAUGGAUGCUUACAGAUAUUUUUACAGUAUUGAUCUCUUUCACCUGCAGAGAAAGAAACCUGCAAAAUUUUUUCUUGCCAGAUAAAAAUUUUGCUGGAGUCCUAGUUGAAGAAAUCAUCCCUAAUUUCUACCUUUACCUUUGAAGCUGUAAAAGCAAAAAAUGAAUUGGUGACAGAUUCUGACAGCUGGUUAUAAAGGAGCAGGCUCUGUUAAUUUGCAGUGAGAGGAACAGGGCGUUCUGUUUCAUGUGUCAGUGUGGGCAGGGAGUGGGGAGAAGGAAAGAAAUGGGAAGAAGGGAAUGCUGAGUGCUUUGCCUCACUGUCAUUUACAGGACAUUCUGGUUGCACACCAUUGCUUUUGAAGGAGCAAUGAUCUCCACAUUCAGUUUAAAUCUUUUUGAAUAAAAAAACCCUAUACAGAUUAACCUGACAUCAUUUUUUUUUGGAAACAGUGUCAUUUUCAAAUGGCAAAUGCAGCAUUGUGGACAUUGAUUUCCUUAAUGCCAGUUAUCAACAGAUUACAGUGAAAUUUUCUUUCUGGCAAAUACACACCUCUCUAAAAUUCUUUGUCAUGCCAACAAAGUGCAAAACCUUGUGAUAAAAGUUCAUCGAAAAGCAAGAGAAGUAAUUGAAUUGGUUUAUUUUUUCCAAUACUCAGAAAAUGAAUCAGGAUUGUGGGAGUGAGUCCAGAGGAGGAUUUGGAAUUUGAUGGGAAAAGUACUAGAAGAAAGGAUUAUUUUGUGAAUACAGUGGUGGAGAAAAUACAGGAAAGCUGUGUUCUAGAAGACUGCUCAGGACUUGUGGCAGAUUGGUGGAACCAGACAUCAGGUGAAUGCUUCUGUCUCCAGCUGUUAAAACUAACCAUGCUUACUUGAAGGAUGAUACACCCAGCCUGUUGACCAGUCCUGUCAAGAGCUACAGGUUUAAGGAAAAUCUGUUUCUGGGCUUUUGUCUUGGGGGUACUCCCCUUAUUCGCAAGUCUUGUUAACUGCCUGUGUAUGAUCAACACUUGGCAAAUCAGACUCUCCUGCUAUGUUGGAAUGAUAACUGUAAGGAAGGUUUUGAUCUUCAGCAGCCUGCUUUCUUUUAUACAUACAUAUAUAUAUAUAUAUAUAUAUAUAUAUAUAUAUAUAUAUAUACAUAUUUUUUUUUUUUUUUUUUUUUUUUUUUUUUUUUUUUUUUUGGUUGCCAUACAUUGUGUAGUUAACCACUGUGGUGGCUUCAAAGUUAAUGCAAAGCAAUCUGGAGAAGUGCAUCUUGUCAUUGUUAACAAGUCAGCCUUGGAUUCCCAGAGGAGAAGCUCUUGCCAGAGCUGUGCACAGUGCAGAGAAAUAGCAUGGGUAUUCCCUGUGUGUCCACUGUUCUUUUGACUCCUGAUGCUGUGUAUGCUGGGAGCUCUUCUUGCAGAAAAACAUCAAAAAAACCCAAAAAACAUCUGAAUGCUAGGCAGAUUAUACUUGGGUGAAGGCAAUUUUAUUGGUAAUAACCAGAGAGUUUAUUGGCUGCUGCAUUAUGCAUGGCCUCUAGGCAGUAGGGAGAAGUAUCUGAACAAGUCUCUGAGACAGAUGGAUAGUAUUUGAGCUAUUACUGAUCUCCAGCACUGUCAGGAGCUUGGGUUUGGAGGAAAAUGUGUGAAUAUGCUUGUAUAUGGUAAAAUCCUAUGGUAUAAUGCUAUCAUCAAACAUAAAGAAUCCUACAUUUUUCUAAUAUAUAUUGGAAUUAAGUAGGCUAUGCAGGUUUUAUGAGGGUUUUUCAGUGUGUGUGAAUAUGGUGUUUGCUUUUAAUUACUAUUACUUAUUUUGACUCCUCAUAUGGUAUACUUAGUUCUUACAUAUGGCCAUACUAUUUAUGUUAACCCACUUAUUUGAUUGAUUUCUGUAGUCUUUCUGCCUGUCCUGAAAGCUAAUAAAUGGGUAUUUCUGCCCAAAAA